CCCUGAUCCACAGUUAUUGUCCGGUCCACGCCAACACAAUGGCAUUGUCGAUGUUCUCAGUGGAAUUAAUGCAACAGCGUCAGAUAAUUCGAAGGUGUCUACUGUCGAUCAAAGCCCAAGGCUUACGCAUGGACUUAGUAGGAAGCACCCGAGGGAGCGGCGGCGGGAGCACCCGAGGCAGCGGGAGCACCACCAGCAGCGCCAGAAGGAGAGGGGCCGUUACCACCAGCGACGCCGGAAGGAGCAGCACCGGAAGGAGAGGGACCGUUACCGCCAGCAAUGCCAGAGGGAGCAGCACCGUUACCACCGAAAGAGCCGGAAGGGGAGGGACCGUUGCCGCCAGCAACACCGGAGGGAGCAGCGCCACCGUUGCCACCGAAAGAGCUGGAGCUGGAGCCCUGCUCAGAGGGGGAGCCCUGCUCGGAAGAGCCCUGAGAUCCCUCGGAGUCGAAUCCCUGGGAGUCAGAUCCCUGAGACUGGGAGCGCUCAGACUGGGAGCCCUGAGACUGGGAGUCCUGGGACUGGCCCUGGGACUGGGAGUCCUGGCCUUGCUGACCCUGCUGACCCUGCUGACCACCGAAGGAGCCAGAAGGAGAAGGACCGUUGCCUCCAGCAACACCGGAGGGAGCGGCACCACCGAAAGAGCCGGAAGGAGAGGGGCCGUUACCGCCAGCAACGCCGGAGGGAGCAGCACCGUUGCCGCCGAAAGAGCCGGACUGGCCGGCCUGGCCACCGAAAGAGCCAGAAGGAGAGGGGCCGUUGCCACCCGCGACGCCAGAGGGAGCAGCACCACCGAAAGAACCGGAAGGAGCAGCGCCGUUGCCGCCAGCAACACCGGAGGGAGCGACACCACCGAAGUCACCUCCAGCAGCAGCGGAGCCGGUCGGGGCAGGGACGUUAGAGGCGGAAGCGGGGAUCUCGAGCUGGCGUCUCUUGUGGCCGCGAGGAGCUCCGGAAGGAGCGGGGGCAGCGGAGCCAGUGGGAGGAGGCUGAGGAGCAUCGCCCAAGCUCACGGUGGGAGCUUGGCCCUGUCCUCCGAAGCCCUGGCCCUGGCCCUGAGGAGCACCCGAGGGAAGGGGAAGGGGAGAACCGGAGGGAGCGGCACCCUGGAAGGAGGGAGCUCCGCUGGCCUGAACACCAUUGGGAGCAGAGUCUUGCUGGGCGCCCAUGGCCGGCAGGGCGGCAGCGUAACCGAUAAGACCAGCGAAAGCGAUUCCGGUGAACUUCAUCUUGAAACGAUAGAGAGUGAUGGACUUGUAGUAGUAAGUGAGAAAAAAAGAAGGCGAAAUGAAGGUACGAAGCACAGCUUCUUAAGGAAUGGUAGUUGAGAU